AUGUCCCACGAGUGGAGUCCGGCACAGAUAUUCGUGGGUAGCUAUUUGGCCGUACUAAUAGCGGUUGUCUACCGCAUCAUCAUCUCUGUCGUGACCAACAGUCUGAGACUGGUCGAGCCAUUUCGCCAGCUGAGUGAGCCAAACGAAGCGCUCGCGGACCAGGCACUGUUCUCGUCAUGUCACGACCAAUUGGCCAUCGUCGGCAUCCUCCGUGCAAUAUCAGGUCGACGAUGGGUUCUCAUCUCGACAUCAGUCGCCUCGCUGGCCGCCUGCUUACUGCCAGCUUUGGCCUCUGAGGCCGUGAUCGCAGACACAGAUUGGGGCUGUGCAUAUUCGCUACUUGCGAACCCCAACCCGUGUCCCGCUCGUGUAGCAAUAUCUCCAGUGGUCAUUCGAGCUACCCAGGCGAUAUUGCUGAUCAACGCGGCAAUCAUGAUCGCAAUGCUAGCCACUUUGUCCAGCACCACCACUGACCUACCAGGCGACCCAAGCUCGAUUGCCGCGGUCGCACAACUGAUAGGACCCGACGUGUCUGACUUGAUGUCGGACGCCGCGGUCGACAGCAAAUCACAGCUUCGGCACCGUCUCGAAGGCAGGCUGUACAAGCUGGGGCGCUUCGGGAGUAAAAAUGGCGCUUCGCGCUACUGCAUACAUGUCCAUGCUACGAAGAGCGGGAUGGUUGAUUCCGUCACAACGACUACUCCAAUGGCCUCGACAUACACGGCGAUCAAGAAUCGAUACUGGACGGUCGCAAUCAUUACGAUCAUGACGCUGCUGGCUGAGCUGCUGAGUAUCCUGAUCGGUAGCAUACCAUUUGCACCUGGUCAGACCUACUACCAGUACCGCCUCGCCUCUUACCUAUGCAUGAGCAUUCUCGGUAUCAUGGUUCUGGGUGUCGUCGUGCUUAUGAUAGGCCGGUGGCACGAACCAAAGAUACCGUUCUUGCCUGAUGUGCUUGGUACGAAGAUGUACUAA